GGCGAUUUUAAGCCGGUGAAAGUUGUACAAUAGCUGUAAGAGAGAGAUUCAUUAGGUAUUUUAGAAUCAUGUAUAGAGACAGAGGAACGGUGAAUUCGAGACCUGAAGUUGUGGAUCGUAAACGGAUCAACGACGCUCUCGAACGACCUUCUCCGUCGACGUCUCGUCAAGUUAACGGCAAAGGCAAAGGAACCGUUACGGCGGCGAACUCCGUUUUGAUUGGGAAGCAGCAGUCUCAUGACAACAACCAUAGAGAUUCUCGUUCUGCUUCUCUCUCGAAGAACAAUAAUGUUUCUGAUGAUGAAUCAGACACAGACAGUGAAGAAUCAGAUGUUAGUGGUUCUGAUGGAGAGGACACAUCAUGGAUAUCUUGGUUUUGUAAUCUACGAGGAAACGAGUUCUUUUGUGAAGUUGAUGAUGAUUACAUUCAAGAUGACUUUAACUUGUGUGGACUCAGCAGUCUUGUUCCGUACUACGAGUACGCUCUUGAUUUGAUUUUGGAUGUUGAAUCUUCUCAUGGAGAGAUGUUUACAGAGGAACAGAAUGAAUUGAUCGAGUCAGCAGCUGAAAUGCUUUAUGGAUUGAUUCACGCUCGUUACAUAUUGACUAGCAAAGGGUUGGCUGCAAUGUUAGACAAAUACAAAAACUAUGACUUUGGAAGAUGUCCAAGAGUUUAUUGUUGUGGCCAACCUUGUCUUCCGGUUGGUCAAUCGGACUUACCUCGAUCUAGCACUGUGAAGAUAUAUUGCCCGAAAUGCGAAGACAUUUAUUACCCACGAUCGAAGUACCAAGGCAACAUUGAUGGAGCUUACUUUGGGACAACAUUUCCACAUCUGUUCCUGAUGACUUAUGGGCAUCUCAAGCCACCAAAGGCAACACAAAACUAUGUUCAAAGAGUUUUUGGGUUCAAAUUACACAAGCCGUGAAGGAAGUUUAAAGACAAAACCCAAGGAUCAAGAUCAUGGCGUUGGAUAGGGAUUGGGAAAAGAAGAGACGUGUGUGUGAACAGAAACGGAAAAUAAACGCCCUGUAAUCAC